AUGGCGUCAGUAAGGAAAAGAAAGAUGGCAAGAUCGUCCGUCAAAAAGGCGAGCAGAAAACAUAAGGAUCGCAGGAGGAAGGUUAACAUCACAAGUAACCCCAUCAUCGCCAAAAAUUGGGACUAUUCUUUGACACUAGCCCAAAAUUAUGAGCUAUUAGGUCUGAGGUCGAAGCUGCAGAGUCCUGCGGGAGGUAGAGAGGCUAAGUUGGAUAAAGUCGUUUCAAAGGAACCUGUGACUAGUUCGACGUUUAUGGAGAGCGAUGACGAAUUUGGUCCAGAAUCGAAGACCACUGACAGCGAGGAAGAAGAAGACGUAUUAGACGAAGAGAGCAUCUUACAAGGUGAAGCGAGAAUCAUUCGUGAUUCUGAAGGGACCGUAAUUAAGGUUCUUUAUGGAAAGAAGAAGGGAUCGGCCACGGAACUGGCUGCGGACAAUGGCUCAGAUUCACCAGCUGAAACGAAUACUGUAAGAGAGUUGAAAGCUUUUGCAUCAAGACCCUGCGUCAAAAAGGAAAGGGUGCCCAGCGAACGAGAAGAGCUUUGGCUGAAAGCUCUCUACGAAAAACACGGUGACAACUACAAAAAGAUGUUUUUUGACAAAAAGCUGAAUAUUAAUCAACAGUCAGAGGGUGAUCUAAAAAGACGACUAGAAAGGUGGAAGACAAGACACGCAAUCGUCUGA